AUGAACCCAAACAACAACGAAAAUGAAAACAUUAGCACCAUGAGUAAUGACAUGAGCACGGAAUCAACAAGUACAUCCUCUGUCAUAAGUAAUGGUACAAUUACUGAUUCCACUAUGAGUCAAUCAUCAUCAUCACCCGAAGAACAACAUCAAAUUGCCCAAACUGGUCAAUCGCACGAUACAUUGUAUUUAUCAUGUCAGGAUAGCUCCACUUCUUCAAACACCACAAGCACUAGUACCAAUACGACAGUCAAUCAAGAGGUCUCUUCCUGCUCUUCCUCUCAAAAGAGACCUCCUUCCACAGAGAGACCACGAAAAGCUCUUCCAAGACCUCACCACCAUCAACACGUUUCUCCCAACGUCUUUACCUUCGAUACGGAAAUUCAUGAGGAAAGUCUUGGAAAGAAGGGAGCUGAAUUUCUUGUGGAUCAUGGCACUGCUGCCAAUACUGCAUCCACCACCAGUGGUGAAGAUUCUACUACUACGGAGAGUAGCAACAACAACAGCAACAACAAUUCCACUACAAAUCACCAUGAAUUGACACCUCCUGCCAAAACAAACCAGAGACGAUGGAGCCAUAAACGAUCGGCCUCUGAAGCCUAUUCCUUUACUCCUCCAUCGGCCUCGAGUAUUAUCAGCACAAAUCCAUCAACACCACAACUUUUACCAUAUAGCUCAGGUUCAUCAACCACAACAGGAGGAUCACAAGAAAAGAGUGGAGAGAGCUCCCGAAAGAAAUUUACUCUUUUUGGAUUCACAUUUGGCUCUUCUUCUUCGAGUAAUAACAGUAAGAGUGGUUCAAGUUUGCAUUCGUUGGCUCUCAAUGUUUCCAAUGCAAGCACUCCCACCUUUGCUACUUCUCCUGUGACUACAUCAACAAGUACCGCAGGUUCCGAAACUCUACAAAUUACAUCCUCCGUCACAACUUCAUCGACUAGUGAAAAUGCUACUACGACAUCUUCUGGAAGUUGUUCAGAGUCCAACGAGGUCCAAACAAAAAAAGUUGUUCUUGACGAAGAGACAAUGAAAAAACGUCAAGGAGUUCACAUGGCAAGCCCUCUCAAUAAUUUCAUUUCGGACGAACAACCCACUCAGCAAAAUUCAAAUGAAAUUGACUUGAUUGGAUUUUUAAAAACAGCCUCUUUGGACGAUAGUUCUAUUGGAAGACCAUCAUCAACAAGCGAAACAGACAAAACUGAUGCUUCCACAAACAGAGAAACAACUACGUAUGGUUUCAAGACAUUUUUGGACAAAAUGAGAGGAAAAAGUAUUUUCGCAGGAAAAAUUUCAAGUCCAGUUCCAAUUGGUGACCAAGAGUCCUCCAGUGAGAACAGCAAUCCAAGUUCUGCAAUACCAUUAACCUCUGGAAACGACGAUACUAGCUCAGUAAGCCAAAAGGCUCCAAAGAAACUCUCUGAAAAAGAAAUGAGAAGACUAAAAUUAUUGGAAAGAGAGAACAAUCAAAGAGAAAUGAUGGACAAUAUUCUUGAGAAGAUCAAUAGGAAUGGAGAAUCAUUUGCUCAUCUUUCAUUUUUCGAUGAAAAUGAUCAAGAAUGGCAGUAUAUUGGAUAUAUUCAAAAAUAUGAUUCUUCAAUGACUGAUGAUGAAAUUUACAUGAUGUAUGCAUUAAUGGGUGUUGGAGCUGGAGAAGACGGUGGAGCAUCGGCAAAAAAGGAUAAAGAUGUGAAAGAUUUUUCUGGUGGCAUAUAUGGAGAUUCGUGCGUUUGUCCCGUGUUGAGUCGACUUUGUGGAAGAGGAGAAUUACGAUAUCCAAAUGGAAGUGUCUAUGAAGGUGAUAUUAUUAGAGGAAAGCGUCACGGAUUUGGUAAAAUGAUCUUUCCUUACAAGAAUACAAUACCAACCACAACCACCAAAAAAUCAUCCUCAUCUCAAAUCGAGCAAGUACCUCCUACUGCCAUUGCUAUCGGCCAAUGGGUGUGCAAUAAUCCAUCUGAGGCCAUACCAUUCAAAGUGACCUAUUCGAAUGAGUUGGAAUAUUGGGGAACUUUUAGAGCCAAAACAAAAAUAUCCUCUGCCUAUGUAAUUGGUAUUAAUGACCUCGAGAAACACAAAGAGGGAGAGUUAUACCAUGUCAUUGAAAAUAAGAAAUAUUUUGGAGGCUUCAAAGAAGAUUUGAAAGAUGGAUUUGGUGUUGAAGUGAUGGCCAAUGGUGAACGAUAUUAUGGAGGUUGGAAAAAUGGUCUUUACCACUACACGGGUACCUAUCAGUAUGUUGACGGUACUUAUUACCAAGGAGAGUUUAAAAGAGGAUCACGAAAAGGUAAAGGAAAGCUUUAUCUUGCCACUGGUGACAUUAUUGAAGGUACAUGGAAUGGAGAUAAGGUGGAGAGUGCAAUCUUUAAGAAAGGAACUGCGAAAAAUGUCGAACUUACCCAUCUCUUCCAACUUCGAACACAAAUUAACGAGGCAAUCAAAUUAUUCCAAAAUGUCGGUCACAUGGAUGAUAACAACUAUUUACAAUUUUUGAAAAUGACAAAGAAGGAAAAUAUCGAACGUCCAGAACUAGAAAUGAAAUGGAAAUAUUACUCACUCAUGAGCAAGGAAACAUGGAGAAAAGAGAGAGAAAAAUUAACUGAUUUUUACGGCAAAUAUGAAAAGUAUGACCUCACAGAUAAGGUUACUUUCAAGAAUGAGUUGUUGAGACUUCUCGGAGAAAGUAUCAAAACAGACGGACCAGCACCUCCUGUUGCAUCAUUUGUCAAGAGCUUUAUUGAAUUCUUUGACAGUCUCUAUCAUGGAAGUUACUAUGCCGGAAAUAAUAGAGGACAGUCAGGCGCUCGAAAAGUCACCGCUAAAAAAGAUGGCGUCCUACUUUAUAAUGCCAUUGAUGAUUUGAAGAGCUACAUUAUUUAUUUGUGUGAUCAGGUCGUUUGGGACUAUUUUGGAAAUGAAAUUUUAAGUUCUAAAUUACUCUCGAAUGGAGGAGCAGCAAAUCAUUCGGGUGAUUCUUCCGAAAUGCAAUUUGUUGAGCAAGAUGAACAAUUCGACGAAUGUGAUGACGAAAUUAUUUUCGGUAAUCCACAAUCUGUUGCCAAUGUUGAUUCAUCCAAAUUGAAAUUUAACUCAAUGUCACAAGCCUAUAAUUUUUGUAAGACAAUUAUUGCAGAUCAUCUUCACAAAAAGCUCUAUUCUACCACAUUCGAGCUUUAUGAAUAUCAUUUUAGGGAUCAGGACUUGCUCAUUAACCAGAAAAUUAACUCGAUCAUUUCCACAUGUACCUUACAAAACUUUGGAGUACAUAGUGACUUUAUUUCUUCUACUACCACCACUCCAUAUAGCGAGUGCAUGCAAAUUAUGAAAGAAAUCAAAUUCUCAAACUCAGUAGAGUCCAAGAUACGAGUUCUUUCCAAGUUGAGAACUCAAGUAAUGCAAUCCAUGAAAAAAGUGAAAAUUGAAAAUAAGAAAUUGAAAAAACAAAAGGCAGGACAAGAAGAUUUCGAGAAUGUAGAGAGCGAUGAUUGGCAACCUGGAGCGGAUGAUGUGACAUCAUUGUACACUUAUACCUUUAUCAAGACCAAUAUUGGAAACUAUACGGCACUUUUCAACUAUAUCAACGAUUGGAAGCCUCCCCAUACAAGUUUACGACCAGUUUCACAUGUUAUUUCAUUCUUUGAGGGAUUUUUAAAUUAUAUUGUCGAUUUAGAUCCAAAUUUAACUGUGAAACAAAGCGAACUUGGAGAAAACAUGGGUGAAAAUUCCGAUGACACCUAUGUAUUCAUUUCAAAAUAUGGACUUACCAAACAGUUGGAGCGUGGUAUUGAAUUGGAAAUUUUCAGAAAUCAAAGCAAAAAGGAAAAAAUUGAAAGACAAUUACAAAAACCAAACCUCACACAGGAAGAGCUUCAAGAUUUGAACCAACAACAACGUGAGGUUCAACUCAUCAGCUUUUCAUGGGUGUCCCCUCUGUUACUAUUUGUGUCUCUUCAGGUGGGACAUUUCCAAUUGCAAAUUAGUAGAAAAACUGAUCUCAACACUAGUAGGAUAUUAACAAACCAUGAAUCAGAUGCAAACUCUUCAAAUUCUUCGAAUGCAACAAAAUUAUUUAGUAUUGAUCUUUCAGAUGUCACUACCAGUUCAGAACAGAACAUGGUGGACGGUAGUGGAAACAUGUUAAAUCUUGCACAAGCUUUGUUCAAGUAUCGAAAUUUAGUGAAAAAUGUUCUCGACAAUGCCAAACUAGGAUUUAAUAUUACUUUGAAACAACAUAACAACAAUGGCAGUAACAAUCUAUCCACAGAACCACAAGAAGAUUCAAACCUCACAAACAAUGCCUCAAACAAAGAGUACAUUUCAAUUGAAUUUGACACGGAGCCAUUCCCAAGUUAUGUCUACUCGGAACUCUCUCUUGAAAUUGCCAAAUUUAUCAAGUUUGAGCUUGAAAACUCUGAUUCUCAUCAGUAUAGAAUAUAA